GCUCUUAAAGGGGGCACGGCCCGCGGUGGGGCCCUCACGGCGCGGGAUGGAGCGCGGAGCGGCGGAGGAGCCCUUCCCCGUAGCCUCGUCCCGCCGGGGUCGUCCGCAGGCGCCGGAGCUCGUGCGGCGCCAGAAGCGCCGGGAGCUGGACGCGCGCCGCAGCAAGUGCCGCAUUCGCAUCGGGGGGCACCUGGAGCGCUGGUGCCGCCUCAAGGAGCAGCUCGGAUUCGCCCUGCACUCCCAGCUGGCCCAGUUCCUCCUCGACAGGUACAGCUCUCAUGGCUGCACCUGGAGCCCAGGAGAGCUGGAGCGGCUCCAGCCCGCUGCGCUGCAGCGCCUGGUCGCGCUGUCCCACAGCCACGGCCAGGAGUGUGGCUUCGUGCCGGACAUCCAGCUGCCGGCGGCAGGCGGCGCGGCCCCGCUGGUUUGGGAGUGCGUGGCCGGCCACCGCUUCUCGUGGGGCGGCUCCGGGGCUCCCAACAGCCCCUCCCUGGGCGCCGGGCGCCGCCAGCAUCCGCUCCGCGGCGCCGCGCUGGGCUGCGGCGAGGCCGGAGCGGAGGGAACGGCCAGGUCACCCCGCGGUGACGGGGAUGGGGGCAAGGAGGUGGGAGAUGGUGGUGACAGUGGUGGCACAGCCCCUCAGGUGCCACCGGAGCCGGGGCCUGUGGCGGCAGCUGAGAGCGCCGUGCCGGGGGACGACGCAGAGCCAGGAGCCGAGCCCCGAGAGGAAGAGGAGGACGAGGACUUUGCCAAGGGUGACGACCUGGCCUACACCGAUGACCUGCGUGACGAGAACUAUCACCCAUCCCUGGACAGCAGCUCGGAGCCGCAGCGGCGCCAGAGCCAACCCAAGGCUCGCAAGAAGCCGAUCAAGGAGGAGCAGCCCUUGCUUGAGCCGCCCCUGCCCAGCUCUGGCCCCUUGGAGGAGAAGAGCGGACGGGUCAGCUGCCGGCGGCAGCCACGGCCGCGUGACAAGGACACGGCUGAGAUCGGCCCCAAGAGGAUCAGGAAGGCGGCGAAGCGUGAGAUCCUCCUAUGCGACUUCGAAGGCUGCGGCAAAAUCUUCUCCAACCGCCAGUACCUGAACCAUCACCAGAAGUACCAGCACGUGCACCAGAAAACCUUCACCUGCUCUGAGCCCACCUGUGGGAAAUCCUUCAACUUCAAGAAACACUUGAAGGAACAUGAGAAGCUGCACAGCGACAAGCGGGAUUACAUCUGUGAGUUCUGCGCGCGCUCCUUCCGCACCAGCAGCAAUUUGAUCAUCCACCGACGGAUCCACACUGGGGAGAAGCCACUCCAGUGCGAGAUCUGUGGCUUCACCUGCCGCCAAAAAGCCUCCCUGAACUGGCACAUGAGGAAACACGAUGCCGACUCCUUCUACCAGUUCCCGUGCGACGUCUGCGGGAAGAGGUUCGAGAAGCGGGACAACGUCACCGCCCACAAGAGCAAGAGCCACCCCAGGGGGCUUGGGGAGCUCGCCCGGCCCGAGGGGAUCCAGCAGCACCCAGAGCCCCCUGGGCCCGUGGAACCUCUGGAGCUGCUUGGGGACGUCCUGGGGAGUGGGGGGGACACAGGGAAGACCCCGCUGGGGUAUGGGGCGGGGGAUGUCGGGCAGGAUCCAGGCACACCCCAAAGCCAGGGGAUGGGCGAGGGGGGGUCCUAGAGAGGGCUCGUCCCCCAACUUUGGGCACUGGAGCGAAAUCGGGGACGAUGCAGCAGCUCCAGGUGCCAAAAAUAACACGGGAGGGGCAAAACUGGGGGAAAUCCCAGUUUUUCAGCCAAAUCCCAGAUGAAACCCCAAGUUUUCAGCCAAAUCCCUUUUUUUUUUUUUUUUUUGGCCAAAUCCCAGCAGUAUUGCCACAAGUGGAUCCUCAAUAAAUACUUAUUUUGCGUAAAAGUGGGAUUCGGUGUCAAUAUUCUUAUGGAAAGAAGAUAGGAAAGUG